AUACAGUGGCUCUCUCAAUCUAUCCCGUGUUCUUGCUGGGAAAUUUCUCCAAGCUAGUUCCUCGCAAGCAUUGCAAUUAAAUUACCUAAUCGGGAAUGUUCCUGUUUUUAUAUUGCUAGUGUCAAAAGGGCUCCAGCUAGCAAUAAAGAAUCAAAGCGUUGAUUUGUUCAACACGUUGUUGUAUGAUUAUAUAUAUAGCACUCAGUUUCUUCAACUGGGGAUCACUGAACUGGCCUCUUACAUAAUUUGUUGAUCUUUAUCAAUCAACAAAUUAAGUUUUUCUAUCUCUGGCCAGAGCAUGAAGAUAGCAACUUACCUUAUUAUUCUCUUGCUAAUUAGUUUGUUGUUGAUCCAACAUGGAUAUGAUCAAGGCAAAGGCAAUGUCAUCGUCAUGGCAUCAAGGCUACUGCCAGCUGAUCAAGAGUACUACUUAUCAGGUGUGACUAGGUUCGAGGCACCACCUGCAGAUUCUUUGCUUGAUGAUAGUUAUCAUCAAUAUUUCCUGUCUUCCAAAGGAAAGAAGGCUGCAAAACAGAAGAGAGUUAAGCCAGCGCCACCACCUCCAAAGAGGAAUACUCCGGGUCAUGUCGGUUUCAGCCCACCACCACCUAGACCGCCAAAUCACAAUCCACCUCCACCACCACCACCACCACCGCGGCAACCCCGUGGGAGUCCUCCUCCACCGCCGUCCUAUCAAUGAUUAGCAUUGUGAUUGAUCUAUGGUUGAGUUACUGUUGUUUCAAUUUCAAUAAACCCACAAAAAAACCCAGUGUCAUAACUCAUAUGCAUGGUGAGUAUGCAAUAACAUAUACUCCCUUCGUUCCAUAAUUAUUGUCCAGUUUGAGUUUUUAUUUUUAGUUCAAAUUAUACUAAAAGUGAAAUCUCAAACUG